GUGGAUUGAUAGCGAAGAUAACAAAACCCGACAACCCAACUCCCAAGUCGUAUGAAACAUAGUCAACAUUACUGUUUAAUCACCAAUAAAUAUUACGAGUUACGACAAAUUAUCCAAGAUCAACAUCACUAAUUAACUUAUGCAAUAAUUUUCUUGAUACAAUACCUUAAUAAUUGUUAUUUAUUAUUUAGAAAAGAUAAAUAAAUUAUGUAAAUUUUUAUGUGUAAAUAUAAUUGCCAACAUUAAAUUGAUCAAGUAUUUUUUUUGAACAAAUUAUUUUUGACACGCUAUUAUAAUCUAUUAUACUCGAAAAUGUGCGUUCCUUUUCAAAAAACCGUGUGCUACCACUUUGUUACACUCACAUAGCAUCAAUCAAUUUUUAAAUUACAAUACACGUUUCACAUAGAAUUUAGCACUUCACAAUCACAGGAAUCCUUAAAAAGAUUUCGACUAUCGCCUUGAAACAACACAUGCAUUCUACAAGGCCAAUUAAUUGUGGUGCUGUUGAUCAAUGGGAAACUGUUUUUCAUGUUUGCGCUCUAAGAGUAACACUAGGCCGGUGGCACAUUCCAGUGACAACGAAAAUUUAGACAAUGUACCAGACAAACGAGUUGAUGGUCUGGAUUCAAAUGAUUUAAAUCCUCCAGUUAUGGCCAUGAGUAAUGGAUCUCAUAAUGCUCCUGUUAUAGGAUCAGUAGGUAGUGAUAACUGUGGUAGCUUGCGUUCCUCGUUUACCUGUAAUCGUUUGACAUCUACAUUAAACAAGACCAAUAUAAAGUUGAAUAACUUUGCCACAAAAAGUUUCCAAACCAGGGUUCAAAAGUUAUUCGACGUAUACAAAGAUGCUGUCGAAGACUUGAUAUUAAUUGACGGAAUUGAAAGACUGUGUAGUGAUUUACAGAUGUCACCUGAAGAAUUCCGCAUCCUUAUAUUAGCGUGGAAAUGUGAUGCUCAUCAGAUGUGUCGAUUUACACGUGCAGAAUUUCUUAAUGGUUGUCAUGCACUUCAAGUAGAUUCUGUGUCAUUGAUGAAAAAUAAAUUGUCAGAUGUAGCAAAUGAUCUCAAUUAUAAUACUGAGGAAUUUAAAAGCUUAUACAGGUUUACAUUUAAAUUUGGUUUGGACAAUGCUGUAGGACAGCGUAUUCUUCCAGUUGACACAGCCAUUGUAUUAUGGAAAUUGAUUUUUAAUAUUCGCGAACCAGAAAUAUUACAACGUUGGUUGAAUUUUUUGGAAAGCCAAGAUAAUAUAAGAGGUAUUCCUAAAGAUACAUGGAACAUGUUUUUAAAUUUUGCUGAAUCUGUAUCCAAUGGAGAUCUUUCUAAUUAUGAUGACACAGAGGCUUGGCCAAGCGUUUUUGAUGAUUUUGUAGAAUAUGAAAAUGAUCAAGCCAAUCAGAACAUCAGCGAAAAAGGAAUUGGAAAAAAACAUGGCAAUGUACUUUAAAGUAACUUAAAAGACUAUCACACAUUUUUUUUUUGAGUUCUUAGACUUAAAAAUAAUGUUUGACAAAUACAUUGUUUUGUAAUAAUAACUUAUAAAUCAUCAGUGCAUUACAAGCCCGUCCAAUAUUAAUAUAAACCUUUGUGGUCUUAUAAUGGCAAUAUUACUUUAUAAAAAAAAUUUGAACUUUAUAUAUAUUAAGUUGGAUUAGUUAAAUUUCUUAUAUAUUUUUUUUUAUUAUUAUUAUUUACUUAUAGAUCAAAAUAAAUAAUUCAUAUUUUUAUAACAGUGUCUUCUGUUUAUAAUAAUUUACUUAAAUGUUUGCAUAUAAAUUUUCAUAUAAAUAUUUUUUCAAAUAAUUUCUAUUGUGUUCAAAAAAUAUAAACUCAUCUCGGUCCUACUAACUGCAACAAAAUUGGUUCCUCUAAGUAAUCCAAUCACUAUUAUUUUUCCACUUAAGUAUUUGGGAUCGAGAAAGUUUUACAUCUGGUUUUUAGUUCUCAAAUAUGAGCGCUGAAAAUAAUCGUUUUGUAAAAGACUGACUGAAGUUGUUAGUCAACAAAAACCUGUGAUAUUAUUCACGCUUGAUCAAUGAUAAGCGUUUAAUUCUUGUUAAUAACAUUAUGUGCGAUUUUUUUUUUUUUUUUUUCUUCGCUGUAGUUAAGAAUUUAUAAAUACUUUACUAAAAAAUAAGACAAAUUUUAGUGUAAAAUAUAAAUAUAUGUAUAAUAUAUUAUAAUAAUAACGCUACAUCAAAAACAAAAUAAUAUGAAUUCUUGAAUAGUGUACUUUGAUUAAUUUAAUUUUAAUAAUGUAUAGAUAAUUUAUUUAAAAUUUGUUUGGGGUCUUGUUAAUUUUAUAAAAAAAUAAUAUUUCUAUGACAUAAAUAGUUUAUUUAUUUCUAUAUUUAGUAAAUUAUUGUAACACGAUUCUCCUAUCAUAUAUCAUAUAUAUUUCUUGACUAUAUAAUAUGUCUAAUAUGAUAUAACCCUUAAUGUAACUAAUUUAUAUUGUAAAACGUAAAUGUUAGUAAAAUAGUAAUUAUGGAUAUAAUAAAAUUUGAACACUACUGUGAUCAAUAUUAUCAUAUUAUGUGUCAAAAACACGGUGUUUUGAUACAAAAUAUAUUUUAAUUUCAAAAAUUUAAGAUGGCGUUAUAGAUACUGUCUAUACCUAUCUAGUUAAUUGACAAUAAAGUCAAAAUUAUACUUUAAAAAAUCAA